UAGGGAAUCGCAGCCCAGCGCUGGAGUCAAGUUACGCUGUCUGCUUCAACACGCAUCAAGUGUCUCAACAGGCGUCACAGCAGCGCACUGAUUUACACGCAUCGACCGGUAGAUUAAAACGCGUUUCUCGAUCGCUCUGUCAGUUAUUCACAUUCACAGCUCGGCUCGGGACGCUUUCAAGGAGUUCUGCCUGUUCCGGGGGAUAGUCAACAUGCUGGGGAGAAAGAAGAAACCAGCGACCGAAACUGAUCGCAAAGUACACGACCCGAAAGCGCACGACCCGCUGCGGAGGCUCGGUGUGUUGGACGAUGAAGAUGUGCUUGUGAUGCUGCAGGGAUCAAAGAUGGUGAAGGUUCGAUCUCAGCGUUGGCGGAAGGACAGGAGACUGAAGCUUUUGGAGGACUGUGUGACGGUGUGGUGCGAGUCCAGCAAAUCUUCUCGCAAGAGCGAGAGAGAGCAGACAUUCUCAGUGACAGAGGUGGAGUGUGUGCGUGAGGGCUGUCAGUCAGAAUGUCUGCGACAGUUGGCCGGUCUGGUUCCCGAGAGCCACUGCUUUACUGUGGUGUUCCGCGGAGCCAGGAAAAGUCUGGAUCUGUGCUGCCCCACGCAAGAGGAAGCCCAGCACUGGGUCCGAGGCAUCCGCCUGCUCAAAGGCCGCGUGGCCAACAUGAGCCAGAAAGACAAGCUGGACCAUUGGAUUCGAGGCUAUCUGAGACGUGCAGAUCAGAACCAGGACGGCAAGAUGAGCUACGACGAAGUGAAACACCUGCUACAGCUGAUCAACAUCGAUCUGAACGAACAGUACGCACGCACACUCUUUAAGAAGUGUGACCGGUCCUGUGAUGGACGGCUGGAUCACGUGGAGAUUGAGGAAUUCUGCCGGGAGCUGAUGCGCAGGCCGGAGCUGGAUGCGGUGUUCCGGCACUAUUCCAGUAACGGAUGUGUGCUCACCACCAUUGAGCUGCGGGACUUUCUGGGUGAUCAGGGCGAGGACGCAUCGCUGGCUCACGCUCAGAAUCUCAUCCUCACCUAUGAGCUCAAUCACUGGGCCCAGAAGAAUCUGUUCAUGACUCAGAACGGUUUCACCAUGUACAUGCUGUCGAAGGAGAAUGACGUGUUCAAUCCUGAUCAUGCUCGUGUGUAUCAGGACAUGAGCAGACCACUGGCUCACUACUUUAUCUCUUCAUCUCAUAAUACCUACCUCACCAAAGACCAGGUGACCAGUGCCAGCAGCACAGAGCCAUAUAUCAGGGCAUUGAAUCAAGGCUGUCGCUGUGUUGAGCUGGACUGCUGGGACGGCGAUAGAGGAGAACCCAUGAUCUUCCACGGGCACACGCUGACCUCUAAAGUCCUGUUUAAAGAAGUCAUUGAGACCAUUGCACAGUAUGCCUUCAAGACGUCUCCAUAUCCUCUGAUUUUGUCCAUCGAGAAUCACUGCUCAGUGGAACAGCAGGUGGUCAUGGCAAAGCAUCUUCAAUCCAUUUUGGGCAAAAAGCUCCUUAAAAAGCCACUCAAUGAUCAACUCAAACAUCUGCCUUCACCUGAGGAGUUGAUGGGGCGGAUCCUGAUAAAAGGAAAGAAGUUGAGUGGUCAGCUGGGGAAGACUGACAGCUGCACUAGCUUCACAUCUAGCUCAGAUGAAGAGUCAGCUACCGGAGGGGGCGGGAACAAGGGCUCUAGCAAAAAGGACCCUGGAAAGCCUGUGAGCUCUAAACUGAGUCCUGAGCUGUCAGAUUUGGUGGUGUACUGUCAGAGUGUGCCAUUCCAUGGUUUCGAGGCAGCCAAUCAGAAACCUCCUGGUAUGAUGUCAUCUUUCUCUGAGAACGAGGCUCUCAAACUUAUCAAAGACUCAGGAAAGCUGUUUAUUCGACACAACAGUCGUCAGUUGAGCAGGAUUUAUCCAUCAGGUCAAAGGUUACAGUCCUCCAACUACGACCCACAGGACAUGUGGAACGGAGGCUGUCAGAUGGUGGCUCUGAAUUUCCAGACACCAGGAGAGCAGAUGGAUCUAAACCAGGGACGCUUUCUACCCAACGGUCGCUGUGGAUACGUGCUGAAAUCUGACUUUGUGUGUCACCCAAAAUCCAACUUUGACCCUGAGAAAACAGGUGGAGGGCCGGGACAUAUACCCACCCAACUUACAAUACGGGUGAUUUCAGCUCAGCAGCUUCCCAAGAUUGACACUGACAAACCCAACUCCAUUGUUGACCCUCAGGUCUGGGUGGAGAUCCAUGGAGUUUCCAUCGAUAAGGCUCGUGCCAAAACCCAGCGCAUUGACAACAAUGGUUUCAACCCACGCUGGAACUGCACUCUGAGCUUUCAAUUGCAGGUGCCAGAACUGGCAUUGGUGCGUUUUAUGGUGGAAGAUCAUGAUCACACAGCGAAGAACGAUUUCAUUGGCCAGUUCACUUUGCCCUUCACGAGCCUACGAACAGGUUACCGUCAUGCACAUCUUCUAAAAGCAGAUGGGUCCAGUUUGUCUCCUGCCACACUUUUCAUUCAUGUCAAGGUGGUACGGCGAGGAGUUCCUAUUAAAACGGUGUCUGAGCGUGUGGGCAAGGCCUGAAGUUCUUCCAUCAUGAUCCUUCUGAAUGCUUAUUUCUGGAGGUACCCUAAUGAAGGAAAAGUCCAUUACCUGGGCUCUUGAAAUAACAGAGCUACCUAGCUGUGCAAGCACCUGACAGAACGAGUCACCAUGGACUCACAAGAACACACAGUCAGUCAGAGAAAAGUCAGUGUUUGUUUAUGAAACCUGACGUGUUAUGGACAGGUUAUAGUGGAGUCUAAGUGUUAUGAAGACAGUAUUUUUUAAACUACAAGUCAGUAUUGUUUUUAUUUGUCUCUUUUAAUGGGGACAAAGAUAGAGUUUUUAUAGAGUCUCUGUGAGCCUUGAAAUAAGGAAUGUGAACAUUUUUCGUUGAUGUAAGUAAAUGCAGGGUCUCCAUUAGAAUUAUGGGGGCUUGGGACAAAAUUAUUGAUGUGCUGACCUUCGGGUGCCAAGAAGGUAAGAAUGUGAUGUAGAAAACAUCUUGAUAGCGUACUGUAAAAUAAGAGUCAUGUUUCCUAAAAGUUGUGACUAAGAAACGUUUGCGUUUAUAGAUGUUUAAUUUAAUCAAAACCAUGAAUUCAAUUUUAAUUGAAGAAUAAUAUAUCAGAAUAAUAUUUUUAACAAGUAACACUUAAUGAAAUUAGUGUUUAGCAUAGGGUGACCAGACGUCCCGUUUUCUGGGGCCCAUCCUGGUUUUGGGAGUCCCUUUGGAACUGUCCCUUUUUACAGCAGUUUUACAGUUUUCGUUGUUGGUUUAGUCUUAAAUUAAUAUAAACUGGAGCAUAUAGGAGAUCUGAUAACAUUUUGGUGCGAUACUGUGUUGAAACUGCAUACUGCAGAAGAUUCUAUUAGAAAAAAGAUCACUGAAUAGUUUAUAUUACUGUAAAUGUUUCAAUUACACCAUAUGUUCAUGGUUAUAUAUACUAAAUAUUUAAUAUGAAAAAUGCUAAAAACAGUGUUAUUUCUCAUGUGUUCUCAUAUUUAUUUUGUUUCAUUUUUGUAAUGUGUUUUGUAAAGUCAUUUCUAGGUAGUGUUUUGAAUAGCGCCGUUCUGUUUGCUAUUUGAUCUGUUUGCUAUUUCCAAUGGUUCCUAUACAAUAUUUCAAAUUCAUGUGUGGUGCAUUGUAUUAAAAUCAGUCAAGGUGAGUUUGACCUGAAAACAUCAUAAUAAUUAUUAAUUAAUAUCCAAUGGUAAUCAUUAAAAAUAAUAACUACAUUAAUAUUUUUGUGCUCCCACAAAAUUAUUUCUUGCCACCCUCACCUCCACCCCAGCAUCAAGGGCUCUGGUGUAGUACAUAGUGAGUGCUGAAUGUAAUGCUAUUGGUAGUCAUGUUAACUCGUUAAUGUAUUUAAAUGUGUCAGGUUAUGAAAGGAAAAUAAAAAUGUAAAAGAAAUAAAAGAACAUGUAAGGAAAAAAGACUGAUUCCAUUUAAGUGUUGUAUUUGUAAACAUUUCCAUUUUACUACCAUCCAAUAUAACAAUAAAAUGCAACCUGAAUGCAAAUAAAAUACAAUCAUAAAAACGGUGCACUUGAACGUGUGUAUCUAUCUAGGUAUCGUUUAAGUACAGUAAAU